UUUAUAGGCUUGUCUCAUUUCUUCAUGGAGGAUUCUUCAGAUGAAUACAUUGAAGAUGCUGUUGUUGCAGAUGUAAUACAACAACAACUGCAGGAGAUUCCUAAGCGUCAAAUAAUUCCAGUAAAUAAUGUGAAAGGUCUUAAGCAGAAGUUGGUUGAUAUACAAUUAAAUUUUGAUUGGUCUGAAAAGUUAGAUAUCUCUAUAAACAAUGUUAGCAAUGAUGAAGACAAGUCUAAAGAAACCUCUGGUUCAUCAGCAGACGAUGAUUUCCAACGAGAAAUGUCUUUUUAUAAUCAAGCUUUAGCUGCUGUUUCAAAGGCUUUCAAGCGUUUGAAGAAACUUGGAGUUCCUACAAAACGACCUGAUGACUAUUUUGCUGAAAUGGCUAAAUCUGAUGCUCAUAUGUUAAAAGUACGAGAGAAGCUAUUGAGCAAAAAGACAGCUGUGGAACGUACUGAGAAGGUCAGAGCUAUGAGAGAACAGAAGAAACUUGGCAAAAAAAUGCAAACCGAAAUAGUUCAACAAAGGAAACAAGAAAAAAAGAAGAUGAUUAGUGCUCUGAAAAAAACUAAAAAAGGAAAAAUGAGUGCUGAUAACCUCUUAAAUGAAAACAAAAAUAAUGCAGUUAAGCGAAUCAAUAAAAGCAAAAAGCAACGUGAAUACCGGGAUUCUAAAUAUGGAUAUGGGGGUAAAAAGAAAGGUUCAAAAUACAAUACUUCAGAAAGUACUGAUAUGAAUUUUAAAAGUCAGGGAAAAAAGAAUGCUCCUUUUAAGAAGAAUGCAAAAUUUGGUAAGCAACGAAUGACAAAGCAUCGAAGACGUAGAUGAAUAAAAUUUGUAAAAUUUUGCUGUUUUUUUAAUACUUGUAAAUAAAAGACAUCAUUUCAUA